GGGGCGGCGCCUGCGCUGGGCCGCGGGGAGCAGCGGGGCUGCGGCUGAGGGCGGGCGGACGAGCGGCGCCACCACCACCUCCUGCACAGCCAUGGCCGCGGCGAUGCGGCAGAGGUUCGACCGCUUCCUGCACGAGAAGAACUGCAUGACCGCCGUGCUCGAGCGCAUCGAGGCCAAGACCGGCGUCAGCCGCACCUACAUCGCCACCGGCAUCCUCGGCGCCGUGGCUGUGUACCUGGUCGUGGGAUACGGCGCGUCCCUGCUCUGCAACAUCAUCGGCUUCGGCUACCCCGCCUACGUGUCAAUCAAGGCCAUUGAAAGUCCCAACAAAGAUGAUGACACACAGUGGCUGACUUACUGGGUUGUGUAUGGCGUUUUCAGUAUAGCUGAAUUCUUCUCUGAUAUCUUUCUGUCCUGGUUCCCUUUCUACUACAUGAUGAAGUGUGGCUUCUUGCUGUGGUGCAUGGCUCCAAGUCCUUCCAAUGGAGCAGAAUUCCUGUACCAUCGGAUUAUCCGGCCUUUCUUCCUGAAGCACGAGGCUCGACUGGACAGUGUUGUUAAAGACCUGAAAGACAAGGCUGCAGAGACUGCAGACACCAUCACUAAGGAAGCCAAGAAAGCAACAGUGAACUUACUGGGUGAAGAAAAGAAGAGCACUUAAAGUGGAUAAAGUUUCCCUACUGCCUCCUUUGUGAAGCUUGAUGUUACUGGGAACUGUGGUAUAAGUUUAAUAAUAUUGCCUUGGAAACAUUUUGAUAUAUUAAAGGAAUGUGUUGUAAGUUUACUUACUACUUUGCUGUGUCUGAUAGAGAGUAUGCAUUUUUAUUUAAAAGCAAUGCAGUGGGCAGCAUCUGAAGCUUAAUGAAAAUAUUUUAUUCAUCUUUAUGCAGAAGAAAUCUUUCAGUAACCUCUUUCUGCCGUAACGUAAAUAAAAAGUAUAUAUCCCUCAGGCUCUGCACUUUAGUUGUCUAUUUGUCUAUGAAAUUACUCCUAACACUUCGUGGUGCAUCUGGUACCACGAAGCUAUUUUAUUAGGAAAAUACUAAUCUGAGCGGAUCUUCUCAAAUAUACAGGGAAUUUUUGUUAGAGAUGGCAUAAUUGAUGUAUUUGCCACCAGUAAAGCUGUAAAUUAUGAAAUUACAUGUUCUAGGCACCUGAUUAUAGAGACUAUUUACCGCUGCAUGUUUUGUUGUAACACAGUAUUUGGCACAGUUGUGUGUGUGUUCUUCAAUGGAUAAAUACUAAAUACAGGAAAGAAUAACUUCAUUGAAGUGAUCAAGCUUAUAUUAGUGUGAAGUAAUUUGCUAGAAUGGAUGCAUUAAGUUGCAAAGAUUAGCACAUGAUGACUGAAGUACAACUCCUUGCCUAUUCUUGUGACAUAAAGUUGUCCUCUAAAAUUGUUAUUAGAGCUCCUUUUCAGAUCACAUUCAAAAAACACAAACCACCUUUUGCCAAGGAGUGAUACCAUUAAAAAUAGUUUUUCCUGAAUUCCCAAUAAAAUGUCAACUGCCUUAGGUGUCAGUCCUCAGAAAUACGUUAUUAAUAGGAUGGACUACAACCCCCUGAGUUUUUCUGCUUAUGAAAAUCUUCAGUCUCUUCUGACUGUACUAAGAACAACUUUUCAUGAGCACUGAAACGGCUUGAAUACAGAUGCUCUUAUUGCUACUUGACAUAUUCCUGGCCAGUCAGUAACACUGCAACCAAAGUUGUUAAGAGAAUAAGGGGAUUUUUUACAAUCAGUGUAAAAGAAUAGAGAUAUAUAUAUAUAUUUUUUAGAUUUGCAUCUGCAUUUACUCUUUCACAGUGCAGUUUUUUUUCAACAAAUUCAGAGUGAAUUACUGAAAUCUCCCUGUUCACAUGACCAUCCUGAUGUUUCUUUAAAGCCUAUAGUAUUGUAUUGAUAUAUAGGAGCCCCUGGUGGUCUAGUGGUAAAGGCGCGGCGCUGUCACCGCCAUGACCCGGGUUCGAUUCCCGGUCAGGGCCACUCCCGGGCAGGUGGAGCUCGUUAGCCCUUAAAGGCAACCCACCUACGUCCUAAGGACCUCACUGCCACCGUCCAAGCUCGCUUGGCCCCGGCAGAUGAACCUUAGGAUUAAAGGGUGGGCUCAGUUCCGCGCACACUGUGUCUCACCUAAAAAAUCCAAUGCGCAGGCUGGAAGGUGUAAAGACCUUCCCCGGAUCUUCGCUCACGAAGACUGGCCAUUAUAGUAUUGAUAUGGCACUUCUUAACUCACAAAAUAUGCAGAAGGGAAGCUUAAGCUUUUAGUAUGAGAAAAAGUGAUUUACAGUCCACGACCUUGAAUUCAAAAGAUUCCAUCUUAAAAUAAACUUUUGAAGACUUUUGGCUUUUUGCAAGAAGUUGGUGUAACCAGAACUGCAAAAUAGUGAAGCACACAGUGCAACUCAGCAGAUCAGUUUUAACUUUGAGAGAUAUAUUUUAUAAGAAGGAAUGUAAAAGUGUUCUAAGAAAAAGCAUUUUAAGCUUUAAGCUGGAAAACAGCCCCUAGGGCUUCCAACUUGGUUAGGGAACCAGAGGACCUGCGGGACCUCAUGUUCUGUAGAACAUCAUGCAGUUUGUCAUUUGAAGGAAAAAAUGUAAAAUAUCACAGCUAAUCAUUCCAAGACAACUUUUUGUUACGAGGGGAUAUGCUGAAGAGGAUAAAGUUUACAGCAAAGUUGUAGAUGUAAACAUGUAAAAAGUCUGAAGUGACUCACCAUCUAACUGGUUUAAUUUCUUGUCUUAUCUUCCUCUGUUGUAAACCCACUGAACUUUUCUGUAAGCCUUACUAAAUCCUAUUCCUGUGUUUUAAACAUGAUCAGCUCUCAAGUGGCCAUUGUAAUUUAGUUUCACAAACUCUUGAAAUAAGAAGUAAAUAGAUAAAAAGAAAUGAAGAUACUUAAUACUCAUAUUUGAUUUUGGUGCAAAGCACUACAUAACUUAGUUAUCUAAAAGGUAUGAUAAAGUUUAGACUUUACAAGCCUAAUGGCAUCUGUAGUAGAGACAGGACUUUUCAUUUCUUAUACUAUUCAACAGUUCUUCCACUGUUAUUAAUGGGGAUAAAACAUUCUAGAUAAGUGUUAGGUAAUUGCUAAAACAGGCCCUUGCAUCUCUCUCAGAACUUAACUGGUUUUAAAUCAACUUCUUGUCUUUACAACUUGAUAUUACCAGCAUGUAUAUUUAGUGCUCUUUUGUCAGAUUUCUACUUGAAUUAGAAACACAAUCUGUUGUUAACGGAACUUGAUCUUGCUUUUUUGCCUUGAUGCAAGUAGAAAUGACUGAAUUUCUGCAGCAAGUUAUCCUUUCCUGCAACUCCUGCAAUCCACUGGGCUGGCCCCGCAGAUCAGUGCUUCUCUUUGUGUCUUCACAACAUUUAUGUGCAAAUGCUGGUACACAGAUCUACUCCAUGUCUAUGCUGAAGUUGUAAUGUGCUAAAUAAAAAUGGACACAAAUAAAGAGAUUCUUAUGGGAGUGGUA